CGCCCCUGGAACGGAAUCCUCCCGGGAGCGGAGCAGGCUAGCGCGCGUGCAUCCCGCACCACUCCCGGCCCCCGGCCCGGGCCCGCGUCAGACCGAGCUGCCGCCGCCGCCACAGGAGCAGCAGCAGCACUCGGGGAUCCGGGCCCAGCCGGGGCCGCGGGAGGCGGGGGCGCCCGGACCCUGGAUGUCCCGCAGCGCGGCGGCCAGCGGCGGACCCAGGAGGCCUGAGCAGCAUCUGCCCCCUGCCCCCUGUGGGGCCCUGGGGCCCCCUGAAACCUCCAGGACGGAGCCAGCAGACGAGGCGGGCACUAUGAACAAGCUUCGGCAGAGCCUGCGGCGGCGGAAGCCAGCCUACGUGCCCGAGGCAUCGCGCCCACACCAGUGGCAGGCAGACGAGGACGCGGUGCGCAAGGGCACGUGCAGCUUCCCGGUCAGGUACCUGGGCCACGUGGAGGUGGAGGAGUCCCGGGGGAUGCACGUGUGUGAAGAUGCUGUGAAGAAGCUAAAGGCCAUGGGCCGGAAGUCUGUGAAGUCUGUCCUGUGGGUGUCAGCCGAUGGGCUCCGGGUGGUGGAUGACAAGACUAAGGACCUGCUGGUAGACCAGACCAUCGAAAAGGUCUCCUUUUGUGCCCCUGACCGCAACCUGGACAAGGCUUUCUCCUACAUCUGCCGCGAUGGCACCACCCGCCGCUGGAUCUGCCACUGUUUCCUGGCGCUCAAGGACUCUGGCGAGCGGCUGAGCCACGCGGUGGGCUGCGCUUUUGCCGCCUGCCUGGAGCGGAAACAGCGUCGGGAGAAGGAGUGCGGGGUCACGGCGGCCUUCGAUGCCAGCCGCACCAGCUUCGCCCGCGAGGGCUCCUUCCGCCUGUCUGGGGGUGGGCGGCCGGCGGAGAGAGAGGCCCCCGACAAGAAGAAAGCAGAGGCAGCAGCUGCCCCAACUGCGGCUCCUGGCCCUGCCCAGCCUGGGCACGUGUCCCCGACACCGGCCACCACAUCCCCUGGCGAGAAGGGUGAGGCAGGCACCCCAGUGGCCGCAGGUACCACUGCAGCCGCCAUUCCCCGGCGCCACGCUCCCCUGGAACAGCUGGUUCGCCAGGGCUCCUUCCGUGGGUUCCCGGCACUCAGCCAGAAGAACUCGCCUUUCAAACGACAGCUGAGCCUCCGGCUGAAUGAGCUGCCAUCCACGCUGCAGCGCCGUACUGACUUCCAGGUGAAGGGCACAGUGCCUGAGAUGGAGCCUCCUGGUGCCAGUGACAGCGACAGCAUCAAUGCCCUGUGCACACAGAUCAGCUCUUCUUUCGCCAGCGCCGGAGCACCAGCACCAGGGCCAGCGCCGGCCUCAACAGGGACUUCUGCCUGGGGUGAGCCCUCUGCGCCCCCUGCAGCUGCCUUCCAGCCUGGGCACAAGCGGACCCCUUCGGAGGCCGAGAGGUGGCUGGAGGAGGUAUCCCAGGUGGCAAAAGCGCAGCAGCAGCAGCAGCAGCAGCAGCAGCAGCAGCAGCAGCAGCAGGCGGCCUCAAUGCCCGCCGUGCCCCCUGGCCUGCAGCCCUUCCCCGCCCCCAUGGGGCCCUUCGACGCUGCACCUGCCCAGGUGGCUGUGUUCCUGCCACCCCCACACAUGCAGCCCCCUUUUGUGCCCGCCUAUCCAGGCUUGGGCUAUCCACCCAUGCCUCGAGUGCCCGUGGUGGGCAUCACACCAUCACAGAUGGUAGCCAAUGCCUUCUGUUCAGCCGCCCAGCUCCAGCCCCAACCCGCCACCCUGCUCGGAAAAGCCGGGGCCUUCCCACCCUCAGCCGCACCCAGUGUCCCCGGGAGCCAGGCCCGUCCCCGACCCAGUGGGGCACCCUGGCCCCCAGAGCCAGCACCCGCCCCGGCCCCUGAGCUGGACCCCUUUGAGGCCCAGUGGGCAGCAUUAGAAGGCAAACCCGCUGUAGAGAAGCCUCCCAACCCCUUCUCAGGCGACCUGCAGAAGACCUUUGAGAUCGAACUGUAGCCCGAGCCACCCUGCCCACCCCAUCAUCUCUAGGGGCCCCACGCCUGGGAGUGGAGGCCCAACCUCUCCCCUAGUCCUGCUCCCUAGGGCUGAGCCUCCCCCCCUCCCCUGUGCCCCCUCUAACACCUUCUCUGGACCGCCUCCCACAACCACUACAGAACCAACUUUGUGAUGCCCAGGUUGCGACAGGAUGGAAUUCAGGGACGGAGCCAGCCUGCCUAAGGGAUCCAUUCCUCUGCCAGACUUAGGCUGGCAUCGUCCCCUCCCCAGCAACCCCAAAAACCAGGGGACGGCCACAAUCCCAUGGAGCGCCCUCGGUUCAAGCUACGUUUCCCAGUUUCUGUUGUUGACCUUCUCCCUUCCAGGGUUGGGUGGGAUGGAGAAGGGAUGCCCACCUGGAGGUUCUCCUGGGCCCCAGAUGAGUGCCCGCCCUGAGUCUGGUCAUCCCCCUGCCCCCCAUACACAGCACAAGCAAAGGGCUUCCUUCUGCCCACCUGCUGCGUUCACUGCCAAUGCUGUGCUCACCCCUCCCCUCCCCUUGAAGGCCCACGUCAUCUUUGGGCCAAGGUCUCAUGGGAGUGGGGGUCAAGUUGGGGGCCCAGGAGGUGGGGUAGGGGGAAGGGGAAGAAGAUGCUCCGUUACCUCACGUGGGUACCCGCUGGGGAGGCGUCGGGGGAAAAGGAAGGGGUGCCUGGCGGGUACUUUUCUAUCUUUUAUUUCCAGAUUUUUUUGUAUCUAAACUUGCAGAUUUGUAUUAUACAAGGACAGCCAAUAAAGGAAGAAUAUAACGGUG